ACAACGAACCGAAUUUUACCUAGACUAAUGAACAUGUAAUCACGUUCAACACGAACCAAUUCACGCCAUCGUCACUGCCCGCAUGUGACCGAAGCGAUCAAAUCGCAUUUCACGUAAACAUCUUCAAGAAAAACUCUCCGAUCCCCACUACUUAUGCUACUUCAGAAGCUUUUUUAAAAAACGACCGCCCCGAAAACCGUUCAUCCCUUUCUUCCCCACAAUAUUCAAAGUACCGUUUGAAUUUGCCGUCUCUUUCUAAAGCUUAAACCCAUCAAACAGGCGGGCUAUCUAUCACGCAAAGUUUAUUCGUUUGAGAAACGCUUUGUGGUGAGGUGGUGCGUGAUUGUUUUAAAAAUGGAUUCCAAUUUAAAGAACUCUAUGACAUUGCAAGAGUGUGAAAAAAUAACGACGCCGUUUUCGAUCAACGACAUUUUGACGAAGGAAAAAAGUGAAUUUGAAAAUGGAAUGGACAGUUUUGGCGCGAAGAGUUACGCGAAGCCGGGAGGUUACAAGGAGGAUUUCAAGAAGGAAGGAACAAAAAUGUACUACGAUGAAUGCCACUACAGGGAUUAUGAAGACGGUGCUUUGGAUAUGUCGAGGAAGCAUUACCCGGUCACUGAACUUUCUGAUGACUACGACUCCCGCUCAUCCAACACGGGCUCUCCCGUCCGCCGCGCGUCCUCCCCCAACUCUGACAUAGCCUACAAACCCUUCCUUUACGAACGCAAAACACCCCCCACUUCCCCCCUCCUAACCCCCAACUACCCCAUGGAGUACACACAAAACGCGACCAGAAAAAAACGUUCCCGCGCAGCCUUCUCACACGCACAAGUCUACGAAUUAGAAAAGAGAUUUAGCCAGCAAAGAUACUUAUCCGGGCCCGAAAGAGCCGAUUUAGCGGUCAGUCUCAAACUAACAGAGACUCAAGUCAAGAUCUGGUUUCAAAACAGAAGAUACAAGACUAAGAGAAAGCAGCUACAGAUGCAGGAAAAUGGUAUGUUGGCAGCGGCAGCGGCCGCCGCGAACCACGCCAGGAAAGUGGCCGUUAAAGUUCUCGUCAAUAACAACGCGCAGCCGAGCCUGCCAGAUCUAAAGCAGUACAACCCGAUGAUGGGGAAGAUAAAUCCGUUUGCGCCGUCUUUGUUGGACGGCUCGCCAGUCUUAAAACACUUUGCUGGCGUUUACGGCGUCGAUUUCACUAAAAACCCUGAGUAUAAAGCGUUACUUCAAGAAUCUUACAAUCAAGCUGUUUUACAGUCUCUCUACCCGCAUUUAGGGGUAAAUUACCCAAACUUACCCCUUUCUUAUAUGUAUUACCCUGGACACCCGGCUUUUGGCAUGCCAAUGCAUGAAGAGAGAGAAAGGGAGGAAAGAGGAGAGCAUUCGCGGGUGGACAAGGAUAAAAAACCCCAUGUCGAAAAUGAAAACAGUAAUGAAAGUUUGGCGAGUAAUAUUGAGAUAGAAAAUUGAAUGUUUAGAUUUAGUUGAAUACGGUGUUUUGAUAAGUGUUGGCUCUGAAAUUACGAUUGUAUUGUU